AUGUCUGCUACCAACGUGGAGAAGGCCACCGAUGCCGCUGUCAAUGACGUUGCAAAUACUCUGAGCAAUACCUCAAUCAGCCAGCCUGCCGACGACAAGGCCGCCGCCAACGAGGCUGCCUCGGCCAGCGCUGCGGAAGGCCGCCGUCUCUACAUCGGCAACCUGGCCUACGCGACAACUGAGGGGGAGUUGAAGGACUUCUUCAAGAGCUAUCUUGUUGAGUCUGUCUCGAUCCCAAAGAACCCUCGCACUGAACGCCCUGUGGGCUACGCCUUUGUUGACCUCUCAACACCUUCUGAGGCUGAGCGUGCUAUUGCUGAGCUCUCUGGCAAGGAAAUCCUUGAGCGCAAGGUCUCUGUGCAACUCGCCCGCAAGCCCGAGCCUGCUGGCGAGAAGACUGAGGGUGCCAACGGUGAAGGUUCAGGUGCUGAGGGAUCACGCCGUCGGGCCUCUGGUCGAGGUCGCGGACGUGGCCGCGGCCGUGGAGGACGUGCUGCUCGCGGUGGCCGUGCUGGUGACGCCACCGAAGAGAAGAAGGAGGGUGAAACUGCUAUUGCCGCCACCGAUGCCGCGGCCGCCCCUGCUGAAAUCGAGGGCACCACUGAGGUUCAACCAUUGACGGACAUCACAAACCACCAUCAGAACAAGACUGACUCGGAAACAAAGAAGAAUCAGACUCGACCCCAGCGUGAGCGUCGCGAGCGCGGCCCCCCUGCCGAUGGUAUCCCUUCCAAGACCAAGGUCAUGGUUGCCAACCUCCCCUAUGACUUGACGGAGGAAAAGCUCAUCGAGCUUUUCAAGGCAUACGAGCCUUCCUCUGCCAAGAUUGCCCUCCGACCUAUCCCCCGAUUCAUGAUCAAGAAGCUUCAGGCUCGCGGUGAGGCUCGUAAGGGUCGUGGAUUUGGAUUCGUCACCCUUGCCUCCGAGGAGCUUCAGCAGAAGGCUGUUACCGAGAUGAAUGGCAAGGAGAUUGAGGGCCGCGAGAUUGCUGUCAAGGUCGCCAUUGACAGCCCCGACAAGACUGAUGAGGAGGCCAACGCUCCUCAGGAGGAGAACAAGGAGGCCACUGAGGCUGCCACCACCACUGCUUAA